GAUUAGUGUCAACGUACAAACGUCAAAUAUGUCAAAAGAAAAAUACUGUAUUAACUUUCAUGUCUAAUAAAAUUACAAUAAUGAAAUUGAGAAAAAUAUUUUUAUAACUUGAUUAACUUUAUACAAAAACUUUAUAUGUGCUUUAUAUAAUGAUGUAGAAGAAUCACUGGAAACAAAUGAUAUAAUCAGUACAAUAAUAAUAAACCAUAUGGAAUGUGUAGUGAAAAAGUGAAUAUUAACAGUUAUAUCAAUAAAAAUGUUUUCGGCUAUUAAAAGGUUUACAAGUAAGGGUGAUAAUUCAACCAACAAUGUGCCAACAUCUUCUCGACCCGUUAGCCAUCAGGCAAUGUCGUCUUCCUUACAGAAAAAAUUUGCAAGGGGUGUCCAAUAUAACAUGAAAAUAGUUAUUAAAGGGGAUAGAAACGUAGGGAAGACAUGUCUGUUUCAUAGAUUGCAAGGUAAAAAAUUUAUCGAAGAAUACAUUCCUACAGAUGAAAUUCAAGUAACUUCGAUUCAAUGGAAUUACAAAGCUACAGAUGAUAUAGUAAAAGUAGAAGUGUGGGAUGUUGUUGAUAAAGGAAAAAAGAAAAAGCAUUUCGAGGGUUUAAAAUUGGAAAAUACUCAACUUGAGGUUGACGAAGAACAUGCACUUGAUGCAGAAUUUUUGGAUGUUUACAAGGGAACAAAUGGGGUGAUUAUGAUGCUUGAUUUAACCAAAAACUGGACAUUUGAGUAUGUACAAAGAGAGUUGCCAAAAGUUCCUGGACACAUUCCUAUUAUAAUUUUAUCUAAUCAUUGUGAUAUGUCUCAUCAUAGGUCUAUUACUGUUGAACAUAUUAAUUAUUAUAUUGAAUCUAUUGCAGAAACACGUUCAGCUCAAGUACGACAUUCAGAAUCGUCAAUGCGUAAUGGCUUUGGUCUGAAAAUUCUUCAUAAAUUUUUCAAUCUCCCAUUCCUUCAGCUUCAAAAAGAAACAUUGUUGAGGCAGCUCGAAAGAAAUGAUCUGGAAACAAAUGUAACAAUACAAGAAUUGGAUAUGUACUGCAAUUCUGAUGAAGCUAAUUACGGAAAAUUUUUAGAAAAUUUAGUUAAAAAAAGGAGAGAAGUUGCAGAUUCAAAUGCCAAUAUACCUCAACAACAACUUAAACCUCAAGUUAAUGUUGGGCGGACUGAUAUGAAGAGAUCUCAAAGUGCUUCCAUAGUUAUAGGAGGAGGUAAACCCAUACCCUAUGGCAAUUCAGCUCUAUCUAUACCAAAAAAACCAAUUCCUCAAAUUUCAAAAAGUUCCAGUAUGAGUUCUGGUUUUGUAUCAAAGUGGGGACCAGAAAAUAACAUAGUAGACGGUAUACCAGACAUGAGGAAGUUGGAAAUAAGUCCAAUUAAAUCUGUUGAAGAAUUUUGUCCAGAUAAUGGACAUUUGGGAGGAUUCUUGGAUGAUAUACAACUUAAUGCCCAGAUAGAAAUCAAAGAUGAAGGGGAUUCUGGAACGGAUACUGAUACUGGUAAUCCUCUUGUUUCUGAAUUCCAAGAAGAUUUUGAUGAAGAUAUCGGUUUUAGUAAACCAAUCAAACACACAAAAAAAGUUGAUUCCGUAUUUGCAGCUCCGUCUAAACACUUGAUCAAAUCAGAUGAAAGCAGAGGAAAUGAAAUAGAGAAAAGUAUUCCAGAAGAUUAUGAUAUGAAACAAACAACUGAUGAAUUUGAUUCCACUAUAAAUUCAGAAAUAUCAGAACUUACUUCAGAUGCAUACGAUGCUUGGAUGGGUGCCGAUACUAAAUGGAGGAGAUCACCUGAAGGUGGUGAAGAUAACUCUGUAGUGAGUCAAACAUUAGAUUAUAGCAAUAGCACUGUUUAUGAUGACAGCAACAGUGUGAAUUCAUCUAAUGUUCACAUGGAAUUACUCAGUACGAGGACAAGUUUUCCAACUAAUACAAGUGAUGGAGAUGAUGUACAUUCAUCCAGUUCAGUGAGAAAAGAGAAAAAAGAUAAACCUAAGACUGAAAGAAAACACAAAAAGAAAAAAGAUAAGGAGGAUAAGAAGGAUAAACACAAAGAAACGGAUAAAAAGUCAGACAAAAAAAAUAAACGCCGUUCUCGCGAUGAAGCCUCUCAUUCUCACAAAGACGAACUCGAAGAAUUUCUCUAUGGUACUACAAGUCCAUCUCUGGAAGCAGACUAUGAAGCUAUCUAGCCCGUCUCAUAUAGAAACUUAUCCGGUCUUUGAGUGAAAAUUCACUUAAAAUGAUGCUUCUCUAAAGCUUUCAGAUAUAAUUUUUAAAUAAGACUGUUAAUUUUGUCUCCUUGUCCUAUAUAUGAAUUAUUUUUAGCUGUAAAGCGUUGAUAAUGAUAUAACUCUAGUAGGUAAGUCUGUUAUCAAUAUUCCCAAUAAAAAAUAAGCUCUCUUCAUAAUUUUAAUAAAUGUUUUUCUCUUCUAAUGAAUAAAUUCAGUUAAGAACUGUUGAAAAAAUCUCUAGUUUAUUUCAGUUCAAUGACAUAUAGGCAUAACAGAUCUGGUAUUAAAAUAUUUCUUCACAAUUCAGACUGUCUCAACAUGAACAUAUUUAGAUGUUUUUUCAAGAUUGGUGUAAAAGUUAAUUUAUUUUUAUAUGUUGUAGAAAAAAUGCAAUGUUCAAGACCGAAACCUUAAGAUAUGAGUUGAUUUUGUGCUCUAUAUUUAUCUCCUGUUAGUGAAAAAUUUUAUACACAUUUGGAAACCCUUACUAGAAGUUAGAAAUUGAAAUUUUAGUUCUUAAAACUACCGACAAUCUUGUUCUUAUUCAUCUACUAAUCAGUGAAAUUCUGGGUGUCUUUAUUACAUUUUCUUGUAAGUUUCAAAUUAGUCAUUACAUGAAAUAGUAUCUUGAAAAGCAACUAGGUUACAUGUGAGCUCAAAUCUUUAACAAUUGUUUAUAGGUCUUUUCAAUCAUUGCAAUAUUAGUAAUUAUAGCAUACUAUAAACUAGUCUUUGGAUAUUUUAAAUUAUUUUAUUUUAUCCAACAAAUAUUCAAGUAGGCAGUAGGCUAACUGCUUAAUGCCUUCGAGAAAUUGUGAAAGUAUAAAAGAAUUCAUGUAUUUGUAUUUUCUUAGAAAACUAUAUCAUAAAUUUUGUUUGACAUGUGUGGAGUAAAAAUGUUUUGUCAAACAUUUUAGUUGACUAGUUUGAAGAUUGUAAUCUCACAUAAGUAAAAGGAUAUGUGCUUAAUGACUUCGAGAAAUUGUGAAAUCAUAUAAGAAUAUAUGUACAUUAGGGCCUCGGUAAUCCGGAGAGGCAAAAACAAGACCCUUUCUGGAUUAUAGCAUACCAUAUUUAAUGCUAAUAAAACACAUACUCAACUUAGUUUCUUUUCACAUUAAAGCAUAAAGACAAAAAUGUACAUGUUCAAAAUUAGUAAUUUAAAAUAAAAAUUAUUAUUAAUUCUUCUUGAAAAAGUCUGUACCUAAUACUCUUCUGUUUAUAAUUUUCGCACUCUAAGUAGACAGAGAAACAUAUUUCGUGGCAAUCAAAUUCGUUAUUUUCAGCUCAUUUAGAAGCAGUUUUUGAAGCUCCUACUGCCUCUGAAUUACCCUUUUUUUACAGACGAGAAUGUCAACGCUAUUGUCCUCAUCUUGCUCAUCGUCCUCAUACAUUACCGCUCGCACAAUCUCCUCAUCAAUUAAGACUUUGUAUCUUUGUAACUCUCUUUCAGAAUCACCAACAGCCUAUUCCUUGAUCGGCACUGUCGAAAAUCAUAGAAAAUGAUCGCACCAAAAUGUUGGGGAUUUAAAUCCAUUUUUUGACCAAGACGAAUGUUUUCAGUAUCAAUAAACACUUGUAUCACAUAUUCUGACUACGUUCACCAUUAAAAAUGUUAAACUUUAUGAUAGAAAUGUCAGAUUUGACAUAUUUGUAUAAGUAUUGCCAUAUCUCAAAACUUAAGUAGCAACCCUCUAGCUACGUGAAUUGCUAGAUGAUAGCAGUAUUUUCAAGUAGCUUUGUUCAAAUUUUUUGUUUACCGUAUAUAUAUUCUUAUACUUUAACGCGUGUUUUGUAUCAAUCAACAAUCAAAUGUGAUUAAAAUUUCUUUUUUUAGUUUAUGUUUCAUCAUUCCGUACGUUGUUCUAACUACAUAUUCAUCCGAAUGCAUGAUUAAAAAGUAAGGGGUACGUACGUUCGAACUUGAAUUGUAUGGGUCCAUAAGGUCUUCCUAUUCUUAAUAUUACCAAAUAGUAUAGAAGAGUUAUUUCAAUUAUUUUUUUUAUAAAUUGAUAUUACUCGUUUAUAUUUUCAAACUAACUCAUUAUUGUCCAAAUUUGUCUAACCAUCCCCGGCUUGCGAGCUUCCUCACAAAUCAUAUAACCACUUACAGGAACAUGCAAUUGCAUUUGUUGCAAAAACCACGCAAACAAAGCAUCUUCUAAAACAGGAUUUUCCGAUUUCUCAAAGUUUUUCGUACACCGGGACCACGUUGUGUUAGGCUAACAAACUUCAAGAUUUUAUUUUUGUUUUUCUUCUAUGUCGCCUACAUUUGACCUGCUUAUACCAAACUUGCGAGCAACGACAGAAGAGCUGUCACCUUUGUCUAGCAUUUCUAUAAUCCACAAUUUGUCUUUAAAUGUUAAUAUUGAAUGAUUACGUGACGGCGCCAUGAUGUUAGCAAGCGCGUAAAAAGGCGAUAAACAAAAACUGACGUCGCAUUGGCUCAUGUCAGCUCAGGAUGUGGUUCAUCUAUAGCCUGCACCUAUAUCCUCCUGCCUCCACCGCAAAGCCCAUUGCCUGGCCGGAUUACAUCGAUCACCGAACAAGCAGGAGUCCUAAUAAUCGAUGCCCUACAGUAUUUCGAAUUUUCUUACAGAACCAUAUCAUAGUUAGGCUGACACAAGUCUACACUAUAAAUCAUUUGUUACAUGCACAUAAAACUACUAACAAGACAGAAUUGCUACCGAUAUAAAGUAGUUUAUGGCGGUAGUUAUCAUUAAUAAUGUCAUUGAGAGGACCUAUAUUAGAAAAUUUGCAGUUUCUUUAUAACGUUGUUUAUUGCUAAACAAUCUUACUAAGUGUUUGUGGUGUUUAGAUUUAAUAGGGUUACUCACAUUGUUAGUAAUUUUUUUAUUAUAUUUAUGGAAGUUAAUUAUUUACGUUUUUAUAUUUUAUACAAUGUAUCGUUAAAAUAUAAUAAAUUUGCAAUUGUA